CUACUCAAUGCUAGGUCAUGCCAGUCAGUGGCUAGUCAUUCCAUCUUUGUGUGCAUGCUAGUUGACUCAUGGCAUGCCAUUUUGCAUCAUGCAUAAACAACCUCGUACGCCACUUGUGGUAUGCAUGUGCAUGUGUGACGACCAAUCCAGCUCCACCCCCACCUAGUGUCGUGGCUUCCCCGCCUCUGUCACCACCACCUGCGUCAACAUCCCUCGUUUCACCACCGCCCCCAUCAACCACUGCAUCUGGAAGCCCUAUUGCGCCAUCCAACACCUCCUCCUCUUCGCCCUCGUCCUCUGACACCUCCUCCCUCUCCGGCUUGUCCAUGGGAGCUGUCAUCGGCAUUGUGGCAGCAACCAUCCUGCUGCUGCUCCUCCUGAUUGGCUCUGCCUGGUGGAUUGUCACACGUAGCAGGGCAUCCAAUAGAGCUUCGUCUGCCGCCGGCUUGGGGAACGCACCCACGCCGUGCCACCAGUACUCGCUUGCCGUUGUAGCUCGCGCCACUGGCAACUGGUCCAAAUACAGCCUGCUUGGGUCGGGUGCUUAUGGAGACGUGUACCGGGGGGUGUCCCCCGAUGAUGGCACCACGCUGUGGGCGGUGAAGCGAGCCAAAGUCAUCACCACCGACUUCCGCAAGGAGGUGGCUCAGAUGGCCACGAAGCACCAUCCCAAUCUGGUGCGGCUGCUGGGGUUUGCAGUGGGUGGCGAUGUGAACACGCGGGUGGAGAAUGUUCUCAUCUACGAGUUCAUUGCCAAUGGUGACCUCCAGAGGUGGAUCAGCCACGAUGCCCCUACAAGUCUGACCCUGCUGCAGCGAGUGGACAUUCUCAUAGGGGUGGCACGUGGCUUGGAGUAUCUCCACAGCUUUGACAUUGUGCAUCGCGACAUCAAGCCAGCCAACAUCCUCAUUGAUGCCCACAUGCAGGCGAAGGUGGCAGACUUUGGAUUGUUGCGUGUGGGGGAGGGCAGUUCAAUGGGCUCAACACGAGUGCUUGGAACAGUGGGCUAUGUGGACCCUGCCUACUGCAGAACACACAACGUCACCACCGCUGGUGAUGUGUACAGCUUCGGCAUUCUGAUGCUGGUGGUGCUGUCAGGCAGAGGAGCCACUGUUCACGAGAUGAACCCAGGCAGUGAGCCAGGCAGCUCUGGUGACCAAGAACCAGUCUCCAUUUCCACAUGGGCAAAUCAUCUCAUGGCUGGUGGGACGACAUCACUUCUCAGAGAUCCACGCAUGGCAGCACCAGAAGACAUCAUCAAGCGCAUUGCCCAGCUGGCUGUGAGCUGCACUGCCAUGCCCACUGCCUCCCGCCCCUCCAUGCUUCAAGUGAUGCAAGACUUGGAGGCCCUGAGGGAGGAGGUGGGAGGGGGGGAUGCUAGGGCAAGAGCUGCAGCAAGGGUCGAUGCGAUGAUGGUGGAUCAGCAGCCUAUGAGGAGCAUGGAUGAGGAUCUUGCAUUAGUGAAGCGACAAUUCGCGCUCGAGAGUGAAACCGCGACCAACUUCUCAAGCCAUGAGGGGAGUGCUGGUUCUAGUUGAAAGCAAGUGAACAACCAUCCUAGCAAGUGAACAUCCAUCCUUUGUGAAAAUGGAUAGCUACCAUAAUCUCCUGAAAAUCAUUCUACCAUGCAGCAUUCCAAAUUCCAUCGGCAGCCUCACCAAGCUGAGCGAGCUGUGAGAAUCUAACCAUAACUAGUCUCACAGAUGAUGCUACAAGUUUUAUCGGACAAGUCUGUUGAAAAGGUUC